UAUCAGCGAAUAGCGAAAUCCCCUCGGGUGCUUCCCAAUCCCAGGGGCUCUAGUAUGUAUACGCGGCGUAUAAAAACAAACACUUGCUGGAGGCUGGCAUUCAGAAACACUCGAGAUUGCCAAUCAUGAAGCUAUUCGCAUUGUGCUGCCUGCUCAUUCUGGGCCUCCUGGGCUUCCUUGCUGCUCCCGGCGCCGCCUCGCCAUCUCGUCACUCUGGACCAGGAUCCGGACCUGGAUCCGGAAAUCCGUUCAGGUCGCCAGGCCCACAGCAACGACCAUUCUACUACGACGCUCCGGUUCGACAACCGAAGACUAUGUACGCUUAACGUUAAGAAUGAAACAAUAAAAGAUUUGAAACGGCUAAACUAAA